CGGUCGAGCCUCUCGGCCCCGAGCCAGCUCGAGAGUGGAGGUUCUAGAUCCCGGGCGGAGUGAGGACCGCGGGAUGGAGCCUGGGUCGGGUACUCGGGGCCCACAGCUCCGGUCCCGUCGCGCUUUCGUCCCUUCUGGGUGACCUCAACCCCUUUAUACCGACCCCACCUCUCAGGCUCCGCGAGUACCGCCCCGUGGGGGAGGGGAAGAGGCGGUGACACCACGCUCGCGGAUUGGGCCGUCGCGGCCGCCGUAGUUCUCCCGCGGAAACGCCGUGCCGGGGUCCGCGGAGGCCGAGGUCCUGGCUUUCGCCACCGGCGGACUUCAGUGAGCGGGAUAGCGGGCUGUCUGCGGAGCCACCGCGGUCAUGGCCGACUACUGGAAGUCACAACCAAAGAAAUUCUGUGAUUACUGCAAGUGCUGGAUAGCAGACAAUAGGCCUAGCGUUGAGUUUCAUGAAAGAGGAAAGAAUCACAAGGAAAAUGUGGCCCGGAGGAUCAGUGAGAUUAAACAGAAAAGCUUGGAUAAGGCAAAGGAAGAGGAAAAGGCAUCCAAGGAGUUUGCUGCCAUGGAGGCAGCUGCCCUGAAGGCGUACCAAGAGGAUCUGAAAAGGCUUGGCUUACCAUCAGACAUUUCAGAGCCAACUAUAUCACCAGUCAUCAGCACUGUCCAGCCCACCCCUACGUCAAAUCAACAGAAAGAGAAGAAAAAGAAGAAGAAAAAGAAGGAAGCUUCACAGGGCAGAUGGGUAGAAGGCGUGACAGCCGCCGGCCAUUGUUAUUACUAUGACCUCAUCACAGGAGCAUCUCAGUGGGAGAAGCCAGAAGGAUUUCAAGGGAAUUUAAAAAAGACAGCAGCAAAGGCCAUUUGGGUAGAAGGUUUAAGUGAAGACGGUUACACCUAUUAUUAUAAUACAGAAACAGGAGAAUCCAAAUGGGAAAAGCCUGAUGAUUUCAUUCCACAUGGUGGUGAUGUGCUUUCUAGUAAGGACAGUGAAAAGUUACCUGACCCCCUAGAAGACUCCAAAUCAUCCGAUUCUCACAGUGAUUCUGAUGGUGAACAGAAGAAAGCGGGAGAGGCCUCUGCAGAAACAAAGAAGCUAAUAAUCAAGUUUAAGGAAAAAAAUAAAAGUACUGAGAAAAGAAUUGGCCCAGAAAUACAAAAAGAAAAAAGUACUCCAAAACAGAAUCCGUCAAAUACAAAUGAAGAAAAACCCAAAACUCUGAAGAAGUCGACGAACCCUUAUGGGGAAUGGCAAGAAAUUAAACAAGAGGCUGCUGAGUGUCAAGAAGAGGUCGAUUUGGAACUUCCGAGCACUGAAAGUGAAUGUCUAUCAACUUCAGAGGCUGGCACUGGGGAAAUCAAAGUGGAAUUUAAAGAGAAAACAGUUUCUUCUCUGGGAGUUGCAGCAGAUGGGGUGGCCCCUGUCUUCAAAAAGAGAAGAAUUGAAAAUGGGAAAUCCCGGCAUUUGAGACGGCGAGGUGAGGAUGAGUGAGGCUCGCCCCGGGCAGAGGCGGCUCUCCUCUCCCAGCUCCUCUGUGCUGUCAGCACUGGAGUGCUUCAGUUACGGUUAUGCUGAAUAUAUUUUAUGUGAAUCAGAAUAAAUCUCUUUUCAUGUGAAAUUUAUUUUUGUUCCUUAAGUAGAAGCCUACCACAUUGCAUUGUAAUACAGUGUAUUAUGUUCAAUGUCUAAAAUUGCUAAUUAUAUAAUAAUUUAAGAUGCUAUGUAUCUGUUAUUUAAAACAUGGGGAAGACCUUUACUCUGUUCUUACUCAUAAACAUAUUUAUUCUGCAUUGAAAAUGCAUUAUUCCAUACAUUGAAAUUAACUUGUUACCUGAGAAAUAAAUCAGACAUAGAAGUGCACAGCCCCAAGACAGUGUGGUUUUGACGGUCCUUUCUGAGGCCUGACGGAGAAAGCUGCAGAUAGGCUUGUCUUACUCCAUUUAAGAGCGAAGGCCGGAAUGGGGAUCCACUUGAGUACUAAAGUGCAGAGUGACAGCUGGACCAAGGGUUGAAACCUGUGCUUGCCCCAGGUCAGCUUAUAGUUGCAAAGUGUCUUAAAAGCAUUUUAACAUGGGGUCGAGCCUCAGGGGACUAAAGUCAGGAAGACAGCCUCUGCCCUGCCUGCCGAUGGUCGUCAGGCAUCCUCUUCAUAGCCCUGGAUAUAUUGGAAGAUUUAUCUAAGGUAAUGUCAACAAAAGGCUUGAACUGAAAUAGAUUUCUUUGUCCACUUAGAUGUUUCCCAUUUUCUGGUUACAUUUCUUAAGUAGAAAUUUCAUAUUCUAUUUGAAGUACUUCCCUUUAUUACUUUUGAAUAUUUCUAAUAUUUUCAUAAGUUGUACAGUCUGUAACUUUUAGUAGCAAUUAUGUCUUUUUACAAUUGUUAGUGUACAUGUAAGAAUAGCUUAUUAAAAACCAUAAAGUAA